AUGGCACCAACAUACGAAAGGUUUAUCGAAGGCAUGACCACGCGGCGAGAAGUCUACCGCCGCGUAUGUUACCCAACAAAUGAGCAUGAAGAGACGCGGACCGUUCUCCCAAUAGACUUUUGGAAGUACAAGACUCGCGGUCAUAGUUGGUCGGGGGAAGAGGCCGUCCAGUUGAUGAUUUCCCAUGCCAACCUUUCGGGGCCUAUGGGUGCCAUGCGACUUGCCGCAUUCCGCGACGCCUUCAACGAAGACAAUGCGUACUUCGAGUCUCAAGGGAACCUGAACGACCUCAACGGGCGAGUGCUACAGACGUACGUGGCGGCAUUCGACGGCCUCUUUUUCCAGGGUCUGUUCACUAAUCCUCGGUUCUCGCGCUCCAUUCCCGAGCUCGGCCAGCCGUGGGCCCAGGGCCGGAAUCUGUUCGACUUAUGCUGCCAUCACUCGGCCGAUCCCCGACCUGAUUCGCUGAUCACAGCCUUCUGGCACACCGCAAGAGGUAAGAUAGGCAUGUAUACGCGUGUUAACCUGCCCAAUGAUGCCGGGAACCUGGAGCUCCCAUUCGGCACCGUGAUAAAGACCCUCUUGCACGAACUAACCCACGCCUUCAUGGCCAUCUUCGUAUGGAGCAAUCGCUCAAGUCAUUACAGGUAUGACGUGCUCGGGAAAAGACUUGACGGCCAUGGCAUGGCAUUCUGGGCCUUCCUAAAGUUCACCAUGGGAAAAUUGAUGAAGAUUCUGCCUGAUGUUCCAUUCUUCGAGCUGGAGUAUAAGAAGGCAGUCGGUGAAAUGGCUUCGUUGAAGCUCAUGAGAAGCAUUGGCGCCCUCGCUGAGAAAGGCAUGCCACCGGUGCCGCGUGAUACUAGCCCGUCCCCACACACUGGUGGCAUCUUUGACCACCCAGUCCAUAGGUUGCCUCACAGGCGAUACAUCAGAUUCCAGAGGAAUAGACUGAGCACCAAACUUUUCCGAAAGAACACUUACAUACGCAACGGAGAAAUGGGCAAGGCCGGAAAGAAACCGCGGAGGCACUCGGAGACAUCGGCCAGGCCGCAACUGGCCCCUCCGCCCGCCGUUCCCAAGGAGGAAGUCCAGCGGGAAAAGACGCUGCAGGAACUCGGCCUGGAGGCCAUCGACGCGGUCGAGGACGCGUUGCCGGAGGAGAGGGCGGCGCUGGCCUUGGCCAUCUCGUCGCGGCGGAUGCGGGAGAUCGAGGACACCAUGACCGAGGCCCAGAAGGCGCUCUACGACCGCAACAACCAGGUCUACCAGGAGAGGGUAGUGUACCUGGAGUACAAGCUCAAGAACAUCCACAAGGACUAUAAGCGCUCGCAGUCGUACAUCGACGAGCAGAAGGCGCCCGCCGGGCAGCAGAAAGAAGCCGUGCCGCCGCACAUGGUGCCUCUCCCCGACGAUGAUGAUAUUGGCGAGGGGGGGAAGGAGCAGGAGGGGGAUGGCGCAGUCCCUCCGCCGGCGGCCGCUUGCCAGCAGGGCGAUACGGCGGCCGAAUGGGUGACCUGGUGGGUUCUGAUCCCGCUGUACAUCUUCGCCGUCGCGGUCGUCCUGGCCGAGGGCGUAAAGUACGCGGCGUGGAUGCGGCCCAACGACGUUAGCCGAGCCAUGUAUACCGAGGAUUGGCACUACUUCGUCGUUCCCGUACCGCAGCUGGUGUGGUUUGGGGAGUGGGUUGGACUGAUCUGGGCGUUCUGGUUUACCUGA